AUGACAGAGUUAAACUGGAUUGGUGACAGCUACGCCGCCCUGGGCUUCUUCCUGAUGCCCUUCGUGUCAACCAUAAUCCUCAAGAUGAAUCGUGCUUACCGUGGAGCCAUCCUGACCGCAGGUAUUCUCAUCUUUAUUAGCUGCUUCACGUCCGCGGUAAUACCUUCCCCUGGCUAUCUCUUUUUCACUCACACUGUGCUACACGGGAUCGGAUCAACCCUGAUCCUCUCCACAACGGCUCUCAUCACGGGCGAGUACUUUGAUAAGACGCACCGUUUUCACGUCCUAGCUACAACCUUCGUGUCCGGCGGUCCCUAUGGCGUGCUGAUUUUCGGUCCACUUUUCUCCAUCUGGACACACGACUACGGCUGGCGCAGGGCCUUCGAGAUCUGUGGUGUGCUCUUUUUGGCCUCCAACUGUAUUUCAGCACUGGUUUUCUAUCCGAAACCAGACGAAACCUACGAGGAGCUUCCCUGCACGGAGCAGGGCAACAGUAGUAAAGAAGGUGGCAGUGAAGAAGCUCGGACCAGUCGUGCCGCAGUGGAACCGAAGGCGGCCUCAGGCCGUGGCUGGGCACUCUGCUCUUGGUCCCACCUUCAAGAGAACAAGCAGAUUUUCCUUUGGGCGCUGGAACGCUUACUGCACAAUUUUGUCAUGUACGGCCUACUGAUGAACCUCACCACCUACGUGACUGAGGCGCUGGGCAAUGAAAUCAAAAAGGGCUCUAAGAUCAAUCUCUACUUUGGAGCGGGUGAGUCGACCAUCUUCACUGCCGGCGCUCUCAUCGGUGACCGCAUUAGGGGCUACCUA